AUGUUGACGAAAUCGCGACCUAGCAAGAAGGACGAGGAGCCGUCGAGUGACGAAGACAUUGAUGGCGCCGAUAACAAAAGUGAGAAGACUCCGUACGCAUUGCAGAGGCCGGCGAAUACGGCGUUGCGUCAACAGCGGUUAAAAGCCUGGCAUCCGUUGCUUACACACAACACUGUGCUGCCGUUGCUGGCUAUUUUCGGCGUCUUGUUUGCAAUCCUCGGCGGUGUGAUGUACUGGUCUGUGCUGCUUGUGAACGAGCUUACGAUCGACUACACGGACUGCAAAAAUCUUGCACCAGGGCAGUUUUCACCCGUGCCGUCCGACAAGUACAACUACCGCUUCCAUUCUUUGGACUCGUCGAGGUUUGAGCCGCCGGUGUACAGGUCCGAGCCGAAUACUGCCAUGGUGGGCCAAAACCCACCGGCAUAUAUAUGCACCGUGCAGCUCAGCAUACCAAAUGAGCUCUCAGGCGGUGUGUUUUUGUACUACAAGCUCACGAACUAUUAUCAAAACCACCGGCGGUAUAUUAAGAAUAUCGAUUAUGACCAGAUGCUCAGCAAGCCUCGCUCCCCGAAGGAUCUUCAGGAUAACCAAUGCAAGCCACUGGGCCGCGAUCCGGACAGCGGAAAGAGCAUUUAUCCCUGCGGCCUCAUCGCCAAUAGUGUCUUUAACGACACCUUUUCUUCCCCACAACUGCUCGAAACGAAUGGGCAGCGCACAGAAUACGCAAUGGUCGACAGAAACAUUGUCUGGCACGAUGAAGCGAAGCAUUACAAGACGCCGGACUACAAUGUAUCCGACAUCGUCCCACCGCCGUUUUGGCGUGGUGCCAAAGGGCCGUUUGGGUACGGAGACACGUACGAGGAGGGCAAAAUAUUUGAUCCGACGCAAAACGAGCACUUUCAAGUAUGGAUGCGCACCGCAUCAUUUCCCACGUUCCGCAAACUUUAUCAACGCAACGACGACCUGCCGAUGGCGCCGGGCCGUUACGAAAUCGUGAUUGGAGAUAAUUACCCUGUAUCCAUGUUUGAUGGCACCAAGUCGUUUGUGAUUAGCACCUCGGGUUGGGUCGGUGGCCGGAACUUGGAGCUAGGGACCAUGCACAUUGCCGUCGCUGCAUUGUGCAUUUUAUGUGUCCUACUUCUGGCCAUCGUCCAGCUUGUGAAUCCGCGCAGACCCGGGGAUGUGCGGUUCCUGAGCUGGAACCAUCCGUCCAAAUAG